CGACCUCAUUGGACCAACUGUACAAACAUCAGCGUCGGAGCCAUACCCUCUAAAUAUCUUUGCCUGGUCAAAAAUCAAAGGAAAAAGCUUUUUUCCUCGCCGUAUUCCAAACUUCACGUGGUUGACGCAAAGACUUUCUAUCAAAAUCCGUACAAGUCGUCCAUUCUUUAAGGAUCAAAAUUCUCUGGUUUUUGUUUUUUUGUUCUAAUCAAAAUUGGGGCAUGGCGAAACCGAGUGAAAAUGGGUCUCAGUCAAUAGCACCUUUUCUUAAAAAAUGUUAUGAAAUGGUAGAUGAUGAGGCUACGGAUUCAUUAAUUUCAUGGAGCCAAAACAAUGAUAGUUUUAUAAUUUGGGACAUGACUGAAUUUUCUGUUCAAUUGCUUCCUAAGUACUUCAAGCACAGCAAUUUCUCUUCUUUCAUCAGGCAACUCAAUAUUUAUGGUUUUAGAAAAAUUGAGACAGAUCGUUGGGAAUUCGCAAAUGAUGGAUUUAUCAGAGGUCAAAAGGACUUGCUGAAGAAUAUUGCUAGACGGAAACACUCCCAGGGAUCUGAGCAGCGUAAAUCACUGCAGCAGCAGCAGCCACCACAGCAACAGGAGAACUCUGUUGGAUCAUGUGAAAACAAUGAAAAUAUUGGCCUGUGGAACGAAGUUGAGAAAUUGAAGACUGAUAAAAAUGCUCUUAUGCAGGAGUUGCUUAAACUUAGACAGUGCCAGGAGACUGCAGACAACAAGGUGCUUCUCUUGAAGGAUCGUCUUCAAGGAAUGGAGAAAAGUCAGCAGCAAUUGUUGUCAUUCUUGAUAAUGGCCAUGCAAAGUCCUGGCUUUUUGGUCCAACUGAUUAAACCAAAAGAAAAUAAUUGGCGUGUGGCUGAGGCAAGCAAUAUGCUAGAACAAGUUGGAGACGAUGGCGAAUCAGUGGCUUCUGAUCAUAUGAUAGUUAGGUAUCAGCCUCCUAUGGAUGGAACAACAAAGCCAGUUCUCACACCAAUGGUAGAUUCUGAAAAUCCUCAUGAAUCUGAUAAUUCUUCAGAUGGAAUGAAAGAUUUUUGGAUGAAUAUUGAUUUUGUGAAAGUGCUUAUGGAUGAAAGUCAUACACCUUGCAUUCCACCGGAUUUACAUGAUGAUGGUGCAUGGGAAAAGCUUCUUUUAGGUAAUGCUUUUCUAGAGAAUAAUGAUGAUGGAAAUCAAGAUAAAGAAGGGCCCAUCAACUCUGGUAUGGAACUGGAGGUAACAGGUUCUGGAACCCAUUUAGAAAAAUCUCGUAGUUUUGAACUUUUACUACAAAAUAUGGGGAAAUCACAAAACCUGGAGAUUGAACCACUGGUAAAUGGAUCACGGUUGGAGAAAUCUCAGAACUUGGAACUUCUAACCGAACAAAUGGGACAUUUUGACUUCCAAAAGUACUAAACUACAUGGAAGUUCAUAGAAAGGUACUUGGAAAUUUUUGUGCAGAAUGCAUGUCCUGUUAUCUCCUCACAUUCAUGUUUCCUCUCUUAACUUUUAUCCAAUUUAUGUAUAAUUUUCUAUAAAUUUCUUUUCUUCUUUUCCAUUUACACUAUAUCUAAAUGCUGGCAGCACGUUCUUCAUGAAACAGCUGCCUAGAAAUUUAUGCAAUUUUAAUACAACUAGUGACUAGUGGAGGAUGAUAUGGUAGUUUAACUUUGUUUAUGCAAAGUCGCUAUAAUGCUCUACCCGUGUCUAUGCCAAGUAACUGUUUAUGCCAGGGCAAUUUGUACACUUGCAUAUGCAAGAACGAUUCUGCUGUUCUUGGUGCUGAGAUCUCUCUCUUUUGCUGUGGACAUCCAUGCAUGCAG